GUUUCAGAAGCCCGGUAGGUGGCAGUGAAUGUUCUCAGGUAGGGGAGGGCAGGUUGUGGCUGUGGUGGUGGUGGGGGGGCGUGUGUUCCUCUUGCACAAGCGCUCCCGUGUUGUUGCGUAGUCUGGAAACCUGACGUGGAGAGCAGCCGUGCAGUGAGUGACAGAGUUGUCGGCAGGGCAGACCAGAAAGUGCCUGUGGCCUCGCGCUCCCCCCCUCUCACCCUCACCCACACCCCAUCCACCACCACCCACCGCCCCCUCGCUCGCUCGCUCGUGCGCUCCUCUCCGGACCGACACAAACGCACGAGACUGGCGACACGCUCCGACACCGGUCGGCUGGCCGCGGCUGACCCGAGGAUCCCACUUUGACGAACAGACUCGGGGCUCCGCUGGCAAGAACAAAAAAAAAAAAAAGGUGGAACUAAAACUACAUUAAUUGACUUGAGAGAGAUGCACUGGCAGCAUGGCCAAGUGGUUCAAGGAGCACCUAGGAUUCAAAACUACCAAAGCACCCCCUCCGGCGCCUCCAAAACCGGACUACAGACACUGUCACACCGGUGUGCCCGGUGCGCCUGGCUACCAACAAACAAGCUCCGGGGCCACCUUCCCGAGCCCCGCUCAGCCGGACAUCCUCGCUGCUUACAAACUACAAAAAGAGCUAGACUUCGAGGACCCGUACACUCCAGGUGGAAAUAUUUCCUUCGGCCCGAGCUCGAACACUGUGGGGUCUCCGGAUAUCAAGUAUGUGUCACCAAAACACCGACUUAUCAAGGUGGAAACAAUCGAAAAGAGCAGCCCAGCUCCGGGCGGCGGUGUCACAGUCACCCAAGCUGUUGCUGUCGGGAGUGUUAAAUCUCCGACCUCACCUCCCCCGGACCACGACAACAACAAGGAGAAGCUCAUUAUCCUUGAAGACUAUGCGGACCCUUUCGAUGCUGAGCAGGCUGGCGGCACUCAGACCAUUACGGAAAAAGUGACAACUGAGAAUGAUGGCUACAUGGAGCCAUAUGAGGCCCAGAAGAUGAUGGCAGAAAUACGAUCUGGUGGACGAGGACCUAAAGAAGGAUCGGUGAGGCAGCUGCCCCUGUACGACACACCGUAUGAGCCAACUGAGAACGGCGGAGACUCGGACCCCGAGCGCUUGCGCUGCCCCAGAGAAAGCCGACUGCCCCAGGAUGACGAGCGACCCCCUGAGGAGUAUGACCAGCCCUGGGAGUGGAAGAAAGAGAGGAUUUCCAAAGCUUUUGCAGCUCUGCUUUGUUAUGACUGCAUUAGCUACGAGGGUUCUGUAAGUGGCACUGGAUCAGGUCCCCACGGAGGAAAGGACUGCACCUCUAAAUCUGUCACAGUAGAGAUUAAAGUGAUCAAGGACCUACCGUGGCCCCCUCCUGUCGGGCAGCUCAACACCAGCCCUCCCGUGGUGGAGGAGCUGGAGUCUCCCACCCAGACACCUCAGCCGUCGCCAGGACAGACAGGCUGUGACCAGCACCACCAUGUCCAGUUUGAUGGCAUAGAAAAGUCUCGAAUGUCGCCUACUAAGGAGGGGAAAACACGGCCGCUGCAGCGACACUCCAGUGGCUGUCUGGUCAAUACCAAAAUGACUUCACUGGAUCACUGCAGCUCCUCUCUUGGGGAGCGUAUUGACCCCACCAUGCCCCUGGAAAGCCAAUUCUGGUACCAUGGAGCCAUCAGCCGAACAGAUGCCGAGUCUCUGCUCAGGCUCUGUAAGGAGGCCAGUUACCUGGUGAGAAACAGCGAGACCAGCAAGAAUGACUACUCCCUCUCCCUUAAGAGCAGCCAGGGCUUCAUGCACAUGAAGCUGUCACGGACGAAGGAGAACAAGUACAUCCUGGGCCAGAACAGCUGCCCUUUCGACAGCGUGCCUGAGAUCAUCCAUUUCUACUCCAGUCGCAAGCUGCCCAUUAAGGGGGCCGAACACAUGUCUCUGCUCUACCCUGUAGCCAUCAGGACACUAUAGUGCUCUGGGUCACUUGCAGGUGUUGGCCCCUGCAGUACUCACUGGGCCACCCUGUGGCUCCACACUUCCUGUCCCUGCGGACAGAGCCCAUUAGGCUCAUGGGAAGAUGAACAGUGGCAUCCCAAAACUGCUGAUCCUGACUCACCUCACUGGCCGACAGAUUCCAGACCUGUUUAGGAGGCCUACUGCAUACUAUCUUAUACAUAACAGACUCAAUGUUGCAGAAGUCUUUAUUAUUUUAUUUUAUUUUAUUUUAUUUAUGACAGACACCCACUUCAUUACAUCACAGACUGACUAUCUGAUGAACAUCAUUUCAUUGAUUCUUUAGCUGAUUUCCCUUAGCACUUAACACUCAAAGAAAAAGAAAGGUACAACAUUAAAACAUGUCACUGGGGUGUACCUUUUCUCAUAAAAUGUUGUACCUUUUUCAGAAGAGUGCACAUCAUGAAAAUUGCGUAUAAAAAAGUUUCGCUCAUUUGGUUAGGCUCUGUUGAUACUGUAAUUGUUUGUGAGGGGACUUUAAGAUUGUAAGAGCCGUGUAAGGGAAGCGACAUUUAUGAGGCAUGUUGAGCGAUAUUGUCCACAUGGGCCCCAUACAGUUUCCAGGAUAUUGAAUAAACCGGCCUUGUAUGAAUGGUGUGUCCCCAGCUGCGUGGAAAUAACAGGCCUGUGAACAGUGCAGACUGAUCUCUCUAUCUUGUCAUAGUGAAUGCUGUGUGCUAUCCCUCACUGAGUGGAUGUACCACAGCAAUGACAGUGUAAGUACCAUAGUGGUGAGACAGGCAGGAAAGCAUGAUGGAUAGGUCAACCCAUCCGACACCGUACAAUUGGCUGAGGCUGGAGACCAGAGCCUGUCCAAAUGGACCAAAUUAGCCCCCGCUACCCCUGCUUUAGAAUGGCUUUGCAUCGGGAGAAUGAAAUAUGCCUGCAUUGUCUACCUCAGAAAAUCAAUUUCAUUCGCCCAUCUGCAGAUCAAUAGGUACAAUGGGAUUGCAGACAUCGAUCUGCCUUCCCUUCGACAUUCCCAAUUCCUUUUAAAAUUACAUCAUUGGUUUUAGGAAUAUGUUUUUUGAAUACACUUAAUCCAAGAUUUUUUUGUUUUGUUUUUAUGAAAAAAAGCAGAUUUUCCAGAUCAGCAAUUGUAUGUAUAGUCACUAAUAUGAUACUGUGUGAUGUCAGUAACAAAUGUUUGGUUAAUGCCUUAUAAUGCAUGGGUCAAAUCAGUCCGCUAGAUCAGCUGAUUUCCAAUUCCGCUUUUAACGAUUGUUCUGUGACUGUAAUUUAUUCUGGGGUAAUUAUUACUGAUGUGUUACUCCUUCGUGAUGGCCCAUUGGCCCCCUUGCCCUCAUUGUUUUGUGCCGAUGUGAUCGUGUUUUCGGGACUACUCCAGCCUCUUUUUCUGUGGUGCUUUGCAUUUUGGUUGUUUCAAGUUCUGCUAAAUGCACGUUUGCCUCGGUGGCCUGACUCUGGGACACGGGUCACAGCGUCUCCUGACCAACGGGAUUGUCAAGCAUCGCGUGAGAGACGAUCGCAUAUUCCCUUCCCUCCCCCGGUCCAAUUACAGCACAGGCUGUCUGAACCAGAUAAAAAAAACCUUCUGUCAACCUGCUUCAUGCUUCCACUUUGCAAUGAAAUCUCUAUCAUCUACCCUUUACUACCAGAUGUGCAUACGUGUGUGAAUGUGAGUGAGUACGCAUGUGUCAAACAUGUUCAUGUGUACAGUAGAUGUAUGCAUAUGAAGGUGUGCACAGACUUUCUGAGUUCCAGUGUGUUUUUAACCUGCUGGUUCAUGUUGGUGACAGCCCUUGUUUGAACCUCUUUGGUUGUCGCAUCUUGUUUUUUUCUCCCCUGAACUGGUGUAACUAGAAAUCAGCCCCUUUGGCUUACACAUUUUCAUUUCUUCUGAUUUUACCACUUAAUUUUAGCAACUCAUAGGAAUGACAUGUCUGUCUCAUGGCCUGGUCUCUGCAGUUUACAGUAACAGACCCAAUACAAUUUGAGCCCACAGCUUGUAAUAUCGCUGACCAUUUAUAACAAGACAACGAUGACGUGCCAAUAGUAUCCACACCGUGAACUGACAUUGUAUGAUCAAACUGCCUCUUCAGAGGAAACUUUGUCACUCUUAGUUGCAGAAUUCUGUGGUUUAAUGAGAAAAAAAUUAAAAUUUUGGGGAGACUGGAAAACAAGGACUGAUACAAGGAAUUAGAAUCUGACUUGAGCGAGCAUGACCACUGUAUAUACAAAGCCGAAUACAUUUUGGCUUUGACUAUAUCUCCACUGUGUGCUAUGCAACUAUAAACUGCAGUCACUGAAGGGAAAACGAUUGUGUGCCUCUGAAAGAUGUUUAUGACAAAUGUGAUGGUACAAAAAGUCCACCAGGGAGAGAUGUAAUCAGCAGACCGAACCUGAUUAGUAAAAAGAAUAGUUUGCAGAAAGUGGGACGUAGACAGACGUUUAUUUUGUUGGUGCAGUAAGUGAACAGACAGAUGUAAGUAUGUCAUAUGAGGGUGUCUGUUCAUGUGAUAAGGCAACCUCUGCAGCUUUAUUAAGGAAUAGUAUGUUGUCAGAGUGGACCUAUGUAUUUCCUUGAGAGAAGAUAUCCUAAGAAGAAAUGCAAAUGAAAUAAACUUUAUGUGUGAUGAAUCCUUUAUGUUCCAGAUGUUCCCUGUUUAAGAGAUCAAACGUUGACAGUAGAGGCUCUUUAUUUAGUUACUGCUGCUGAUGAAUAUUACUCUACUACAGGAGAGAGCCUGCAUAUGAUGGCCGCACUGCCUAGAGAAAGGCCUUAGCUUUGGAGAAAGGGAAAUUGAGAAUGAGGGGGAAACAGGGAGGGAGGUGUUCUGAUAGGGUGAGGGAAUUGCUGCAAUCAGCAGACACACUCUUCACAUUCACAUAUUUCUGUUAUGAAAACCUGAAAGAGCCCUUUUCCUCCCUCAGAAGUGUCUUAAAGCGCGAGCGUGUGUGUGUACACACAAUUGAGCAUGCAUGAAACAGUGUUUGUGUGGGUGUGUGUGUGCGUAUGUGUGUGUGUGUGUACUGGUGUAAUCAACCAUCAGCCAUCGACUUGCCCCGUGUGUAUCUUGUGUAUCACUUUACUGUGGUAAAGUGGCAUGUAUGAGUUUCCUUUGUGUACAUUUUCGUGCCACGUAUGUAUGCACUACUAUAACAUAUCUCUGUACAGUCCCUCAUGGCCAAAUGUAUAUACUGAAUGUAUUGUAUGGGGACAUAGAGGCAUCAAGGUUCAAAAUAAAUAAAAUUGGGUUUAUGAGUCAA